UUUGGGUCCAGAAUAAGGCUUUAAGGGGUUUAGAAAUGCUAAAUUAUUGUAUUAGGAUUGCUAUUGGAGAAAUAUUGAUUGUAUGAUAUUUCUUAGAGUAUAUGGUUUGCGAUCCCUCCAUCCAUUCAUCCAAUCUUUUAGUCAUAAUACAUAUAGGUUACUUUUGCAGAGAGGAUAAGAAAAGCUAGUGUUCAUCCAGUCGAUAAGAAGCCAAGCACUAAGGCUGUGCUCUCCACUUGCCCACUGACUAAAAUCAAGCAGAAGCUAGUUUCUCUCCUUGAAAAAGUUAUGGGUAAUCUCCCUAUUACAAAAACAGGGCUUAAUGCAGAUCCAGAGGACAUUAUUGAGAAGGCCAAGCAGAACGAAGAGGUGCAGUCAACCCCAUUUCUGGAAAGGCAGAUAAUGUGGGUGAACGAAGGCCUUGAAAUCAUCAAAGAAAUAAACAAUAAUAAUACCUCUGACCAAAAUCGAGAAUCUGGUGAAGAAGAUGAGAAAGGUGAUAUUAUAAAUGACCUUGCUUCCCUUAAUGAAGAAGCUAAAGAAGACCUUCCAAAUUUGAAAUUGGACCCUAAAACUAAACCUGCUGAGUCUUGUUUCAGCUUCAAAAAUGCUGAAGGGGUUCAUAACAACUUGGGUUUUGAGAUAGCCCUGAAGAAGAAGCCUUCCAGGAAGGAAUCUUUGAACUCAGAUUGUGAGAAAAGGAAGGCAAUCGUGAAUAAGAUUGCGUGUUUUGCCAGAAAACCUAGUGAAAAGCUCUCCAAUUUAGUGCCCAGUCAACACAAUCUGAAGAGAUCAAACUCUUGAGAAGAUGUGAGGAUCUUUGAGAGACUCCAUAAUUUAAGUGAAGUGUCCAACCUGUCCACUUGUUCACAGAAGAGUUUCAAGGAUUCUGAUUAUUUUUACCAAGACCCAGACCAGAAGUCUCCCAUAAAGUUGUUGGAUAAUCCUAAAAGACAACAAUAUCAAGGGGGUUAUUCUGGAAAUUCUAGCCUGGAUAGAAUAAAUAGCUCUUAUGGAAUAAUGAGUCCACAGCUCACCUUAACUGAGAUGACAAAUCCUCCUCCAAUUCCGUUGCAGAGAUGGAUCCCAGAUGAGUUCUCAAAGAAAUGUAUGAGAUGCAAGAGGGAAUUCGACCUCUUCGUCCGCAAACAUCACUGUAGGAGAUGUGGCCAUCUCCUCUGCUAUAGUUGUUGUGGUGAAUGGGUUAGAAUCAAAGAUCUUUUCAACUCAGGUCUCGGUAGUGAGCAGAAGAAAGUCCUUCAGAAUUAUUAUCCAAAGUAUAACAAGAUGAGAAAGAAAACACAGAAAGUUAGGAUCUGCACAGACUGAAAUAACCAUCUUGAGAAGUUGGUCAAAUUAUAAUUGGUAGACAUAAUAAUGGUUCAAUUUAG